UUGUUUUUUUCUCUCUCUGUCUCUAUACUUUCCCUAGUGACAUAACUGACAUCAUCACCUACAAUCAGAGUGCAGGAGCAUUUAAAAAGCUGUCAUGUCUUCACAGAACUGGUGCUUGCCAAUCAGGGGCCUGCGUGAUGAAUUCAACAGGCCAGCAACUCCUCAUGAGAGACACGUUCACCACGGCCUUCAUUAAGAACUUCAUCGUGGUCCUGGUGUGGCUCCUCCUCAGCUACAUCAAUGGCAGCGUCGUGGCCACCUUCUUCAGACACCACAUCUUUUAUGAGGACCCUCGCUAUAUUCUAUUCAUACAUAUGGUGAUUAAUGACGCGGUGCAGCUCACUGUAACCAUCGCCCUGUUUGUGGUCAGCUACAUCUUGUACACUAUCAGUGUAGGAGUGUGUUGUUUCUUUAUCCUGGUGGCUGUGUUCACCACCCGCAGCACGCCUGUCAAUCUGGCCGGCAUGGCGAUCGAGCGUUACGUCGCGAUCUGCUAUCCUCUGCGUCACGCGCAGAUCUGCACCGUGCGCCGCGCGUACAUGCUCAUAGCGGUCAUUUGGUUCGUAUCCGUGGUUCCUGACAUCACUGACCUUUUCGUGACUUUAGCCACAGAGCCUCUGAGUUUCUUCCAAACUAAUGUCUUUUGUCUCAGACAGAAUGUGUUCAAAGACCCUGUGCUGCUGUACAAACGCCAGACGUUCGACGGCAUUUAUUUCUCGCUGGUGUUCCUCACGCUGCUCUGCACGUACCUGCGGAUCGUGUUCGCGGCUCGCGCGCUCUCCACCGAGAGAACUUCCGCCAACCGCGCGACCAACACUAUCUUGCUUCACGGGGUUCAGUUGCUGAUGUGCAUGCUGUCCUACGUGUCUCCUAGCGUGGAGGGCGUACUGAACAUCAUCUUCCCGGGACGCAUCCUGGAAAUCCGUUUCGCCAGCUAUCUAAUUGUCUAUAUUUUGCCACGCUUUUUAAGUCCAGUCAUAUACGGAGUGCGGGAUAAAAAGUUCCGCAAGUGUCUGAGGAGGUAUUUUGUGUGUGGUCUCACUAGAAUAGACACGAGAGUAGAGUGUAAAGAUGAAGAACAUUAAAAGGAUCUGUAACAUAACAAUUUUCCUAAUAUUAUAAUGUGCCAAGGGUUUGGAAUCAUAGUCUGAUCUUUAACAAAUUGUGAUUCUGUCUUAGCAAAUGUGUAGUUUUAAAUGAUUCCCCACCUUUUCUUUACAAUGUUUUAGGUUUUAAUCAUUCUCUGCGUUUUGUUUAUCACAGAUAUUCAGAAAUGUUUUACUUGAAUAAAUUCUAGCUUUAUAAAGUGUUAUGUAGGCCUAUAGACCACCAUUGAUUUGAAAGUAUGGACUUGUGCUAUACAUUUAUUUGCAUGUCUAUCUAUCUAUCUAUCUAUCUAUCUAUCUAUCUAUCUAUCUAUCUAUCUAUCUGUCUGUCUG